UCCCCUCCCCAUCCCCUCGCCGCGCCGCGCCGCCGGCGAACCCCCCUAGCGCUAGGCCAGCCGUCGCCGCGCGCCCCGCACCCUCUCCUCCGCCGCCGGGCCUGCCGCCACCACCGCCGCGAGGCCUCGGUGGUGGUCGAGGACGCCAUGCCCAAGGCGAAGAAGAACCCUCAUGUCUUCUUUGACAUAGCGAUCGGCGGACGCGCCGCUGAGAGGAUCACAUUUGAGCUGUUUGCGGAUGUCGUUCCGAAGACCACGGAGAAUUUCCGGGCUCUCUGCACGGGUGAGAGAGGCCUUGGAGUAUCUACACAAAAGCCACUUUAUUUUAAGGGAACAAACAUGCAUCGCAUUCUGAAAGGUUUUAUGGCUCAGGGUGGUGAUUUUUCAAGAGGAGAUGGACGUGGUGGAGAGAGCAUAUAUGGUGCAAAAUUUAAAGAUGAAAACUUCAAGUUAAAGCAUGACCAACCUGGUGUUCUUUCCAUGGCAAAUGCUGGACCAGACAGUAAUGGAUCCCAGUUUUUUAUAACAUUCAUGCCAACACCACAUCUUGAUGGCAAACAUGUGGUCUUUGGGAAGGUGGUCACUGGAAUGCCCUUGCUGAAGAAGCUUGAAGCGGUAGGUUCUGAUACCGGAAAGCCUACUUGUGAAGUGAAAAUCGUGGACUGUGGUGAAGUCUCUGAUUCCCAGAAUCAGCUAAAGGGAGAGAAAGAAAAGAAGCUCAGAAGAACAGAAGACAAUUCUGCUGCUGAAAAAAGGGUCAAAACCCAAAAACCACCUACUCAUGAUAAACAAAAGAAAAAGAGAAAGCAUUAUUCUUCUGAUUCCUAUAGCUCAGAUUAUUCUGACACACAGUCCUCAGAUAGUGGCUCGGAAUCAGAAUCAUACUCUUCGUCAUCAUUGGAUACUAGCUCAUCCAGCGACCACAGACACAAGAGAAGAAAAAGUUCGAAGAAGGAUAAACACAGGUCUGCAAAGGGGAAAAGCAAACACAAGAAGACUAAGAGAAAGAGUAGAGGAACAAAAAGGAAAUCCAAACGAAGCUACAGGAGCUCAAGUGAUGAUUCAGAUAGCUCAAAGACAGGCGGCAGCAGUUCUGACAGUGAAAGUGAAGGCCGUCGUACGACUCGUACCAAGCAUUCCUCGAAGAAAGCAGAUCCAGAUAACACCAAAACUAUAAGUUUGGAGAAAGAUAGUACUUUGGAAGAUGCAGAUAAAGGCAAACAAACAGCUACCCUUGACAACAUAUCAAAUGAAGGAAGCAAACCCUCAAACACAGAUGGAAAUGGGGCUGGUAUCAGGGAUGAUCCUGGUGCGAGAGCUAGGAGCAGUCCUAUUAGGGCUGAUGCAAGUUUAACAAAAGUGGAUGGCAACAAUGGUGCUGAUACUGCAGAGGCUGGUAUAUCUAGAGCUGAACCUGUGCCAACCAAUGGUAAAGAUUUAGCAAUGGGCUCUACAGACAACGGACAGCCUCAACGUGUCAGGAAGGGGCGUGGUUUUACUCAACAAUAUGCAUUUGCACGUCGAUACAGGACACCAUCUCCAGAGCGUUCCCCUGUUCGGUCUCGCUACAAUGAUGGAAGAAAUGAUAGGUGGAAUCAUUUUAAUAGGUAUGGAAGAAAUGGUCCCUACGGUGCACGCUCACCAGUAAGAAGAUAUCGUGGUUCCCCAAGAGCCAGUAGUCCGUCCAGAUACCCAAGGAGAGACCGUAGCAGGAGCAGGUCACGCAGUCCAUUGAGGUACCGUGAGCGUGGAGGAUAUCGCCGCCCCAGUCCAAGGCACAGCCGCAGCCGCAGCCCAGCGGAGCACCAGAGGCGAGAUGUAAGAAACAGGCUUCGAUCAGGUCGGGAUGGUGGUGGCCCUGAUCACCGUAAUAGCAGCCCUCCUGUCAAUAGAGGAAGGUCAAGAUCCAGGUCGAAGAGCCGUGAUCCCUCGAAGUCCAGAUCACCAGAUGCUCCUGCCAAAAAGGGGAGCUCAAAAUAUAACCGCAGGCGCAGCAGCAGUUCAAGAUCCAGUAGCCCUGCUGGAAGUAAAGGCUUGGUUUCAUACUGAGAUGUGAUAUCAGAAGUUGAGGUGAUAUCAGGAGUUGAAAACCCUAUGUUCCAUGGUAGCUUGGUAUUGAGUACUACCCUUUAAGAAUGAUGAUGUAGUUAAUGGCUUAAUGUACUCUUCUUUUGUAACGUUUCUCAUUCAGAGAUUGUUGUUUUUAUGCAUCUUCUAUUUGGAUAUGAUAUUUAGACUUCUAAGUUCUAAAAUGCUUCGCAUCAUAACCUAAGCAUAAUUUAUAGGUAAAUCUACCCUUUGUCGUCUUUUUAUGAUUGGAAGUUUGUAGUCUCUUGUCCUAUUAAAGCCUGUCGGUAACUUUGUUUAGAUAGUCUCUUGUCCUAUUAAAGUCUGUUGGUAACUUUGUUUAGAUAUUUGUAUUGGCACGUUUCUUGUUUUCAACACGAGUUUUUCCUCUGUUGACAAGAAAAAAAUGAGCUGUGAAUCUGUUAACUGUUA